AUGGAGGGCUCCUCUAGGUUUCUCCUUUCCCUCCUAGUGGCGGGAUUGGCAGUGCUCCCAUACGUGAUCAAUGCCAGAUCCCCGACUCCGAACAUACAUAUCUGUCACAGCCUGACCUGCCCUGAACAGGACGCCUUCUACGCGCACCCGACCUUCUGCACAGACUACGUCCACUGCGUCGCCGGCGUCCCAUAUGUCAAGAAAUGCCCUUCAAACCUGAACUUCAACGCUGUGAAGGGGGCGUGCGACCACCCGAGGGACGCCCACUGCACGCCCUUCAAGACGUCCUGCGAGCUGACGAGCCCUUUCGUCCCAGGAGGCGUGACAGACGACCUCGUGACGUGUGACUGCGAAGGCCCCUGCAUCAAGCCGCACCCGUACCGCUGCGAUGCCUUCUACCACUGCGACGCUGCGGGCGUGGAGCACCUUACGAAGUGUCCCGGAGACUUGAUGUUCAACGCGAUGGUUGAACAAUGUGAUCUGCCGGAGAACACCAAAUGUGAACCGGCGCCCUCCUGUUCCUGUGACAACUGCCGGUACCCUUCGUCCGAAAAGUGCUCUGCUUACUGGCUGUGUGAGGGUGGCCAAGCAGUUCAGCAUUUCUGCAGUAACGGCCUUCUCUUCAACCGUGACACGUCACAGUGCGAUCUGGCCAUCAAUGUAGACUGUAGCGAAGGGGCCUGGGAAGAAGGUGCUUUCCUGGAGACGGCCUGCGUUGACCGACGUUUGGACUGUCCAAAGUUUGUGAAGGAUGGAGGGUGUCAGUGCAGUGGAAGUAACUGCGACUGGCAGUCGUUUGUUCUUAGGAACUGUCCAAAAUCCUGUGGCAGCUGCAAAGUAAACAAAAUGAUUAGCAAGAGGACAUUUGCCUUAGAAAAAGGACCUAAAAGAAAGCAUCAUGGUAGCAAAGAGUUUGGAAGCAAGGAAUCCCAAAGCAAAGAGUCUGGAAGCAAAGAGUCUGGAAGCAAAGAAUCCGGAAGCAAAGAGUCUGGAAGCAAAGGGCCUGGAAGCAAAGAAUCCGGAAGCAAAGAGUCUGGAAGCAAAGGGCCUGGAAGCUGGAAGCAAAGAAUCCGGAAGCAAAGUCUGGACACAAAAGCAAAGACAAAGAGUCUGGAAGUAAUGAGCCUGGAAGUAAAGAAUCUGGAAGUGAAGAAAAUUGGAGCAAAAUAUCCGGAAGCAAAGAAUCUGGAAGCAAAGAGUCUGGAAAGUCUGGAAGCAAAGAAUCCCAAAGAAUCCGAAAGAGCAAAAGAGUCUGGAAGCAAAGAAUCCGAAGCAAAGGUCUGGAAGUAA